GUUGUUCAAAGGCUUGGCAGGGUUCGCAGCUGUUAUCCGCGUGGAGACUGGAGAAAAAAAGGAAGACGAUGUGUUGAUUGUCAGUUUGUGUACUAUAUUUCCGUCUCGCGUUUCAAAUUUUUUUCCUUUUGGUUUUUAUUUCCGGCACCCAGUUACCUUAAAAAUGAACGAUAAAGAAAUCGAGAAGUUCUUCUGCAACAUGGUCAAAAAUGACACCCAGGUCUCAGCGGGCAUCGCAGCAAUAUGCACACUACUUAAAUUUUUAAAACAUGAUAAAUCUGACACGGUUCAAGAGUUGGUUACGAAACUGAAGAAAGCUGUUGAUGUGAUGCUGAAAACAGACUGUCCAAUAACUGCUGUCGUAUCAGGCUCAGAACUCUUUUUACGUUUUAUCACUUUGGCCACGCUGGAUUAUUCAACGUUUGCAGAUUGCAAAAAGAUCAUGCUACAUCGAGGCGAAGUUUUCCUGAACAAGCUAAAAGAAGCUCGGGGGAAAAUUGCCAAACUCGCUUCCUCAUUCAUUGUCGACGGAUCGACCGUCCUGACCCACUCAAAAUCCAGAGUAGUUCUGGAGACGUUUAAAGAAGCAGCAAAGGAGAACAAAAGGUUUAAAGUGUAUGUUACCAUGUCAACACCGGACAAUAGCGGAGAACAAAUGGCUGAUGAUUUGAAAGAUCUGAAUAUCCCUUGUACUGUGAUAAUUGAUCCUGCCAUUGGCUACAUAAUGGAGCAGGUCGAUAUGGUUAUGGUUGGCGCCGAAGGAGUUGUCGAAAGCGGUGGAGUAAUUAAUAAAGUUGGAAGUUACACAAUGGCCCUAUGUGCAAGGCUUAUGAAAAAGCCGUUCUAUGUACUUACAGAAAGUUUUAAAUUUUCUAGGCUAUAUCCUUUAAAUCAAAGGGAUCUUCCUAAUGAAUUUAAAUACAAGUACAGUAUGCUCAGCAAGGAUUUAGAGAAACUGCACCCCCUUGUCGACUACACUCCACCUGCGUAUAUCAGUUUAUUAUUUACUGAUCUUGGCAUUUUGACUCCUUCUGCAGUCAGCGAUGAGUUAAUCAAGCUUUAUUUAACCUUAUGAAACUAUUAGAAACGUAACAAUUUGCGGGAUUUUAUCAACGCUAAGGUUGCAAUGUGCAUUGGUCAUGAGAGACAAAAGCCCGCUUGAGACUUUGGACGAUAAUAAAAUAUUCUCAGUUUUU